UCUCGGGCCUCCCCAUCGGCCCGAGCCUUCCGGCGCGACGAACUCGCCUUCCCAGCUUGCCGCGCGGCACGGGGUGCCUCUGGGCGACCAGGAAACAGGAAAGAUGGCGGCUGUUCGGCGACGUUGAGGCCGCGUUGGGCGGUUCCGACUCAGGGUGAUGGCAGGAGAGCUGGCCGACAAGAAGGACCGUGAUGUGUCACCUUCCAAGGAGGAGAGGAAGCGAUCGCGGACUCCUGAGCGAGAGCGGGACAGAGAGCGGGACCGGAAGUCUUCACCUUCCAAAGACAGGAAGCGGCAUCGCUCCAGGGACAGACGGCGAGGAGGCAGCCGCUCCCGCUCCCGCUCCCGCUCCAAGUCUACAGAGAGGGAAGCAAGGUGCUCUGGAAAUAGGAGAGGACUUUUCCCAUGUACUGUCUCGCAGAGAACGGCGGCACAGAGAGCGGGAUAAGGAGCGGGAUCGGAGUAAGAAGGACCGAGACCGAGACAAGGAUGGGCACAGGCGGGACAAGGACCGGAAGCGCUCCAGUUUAUCUCCUGGUCGAGGAAAAGAUUUUAAAUCUCGGAAGGAUAGAGACUCUAAGAAGGAUGAAGAGGAUGAGCAUGGAGAUAAGAAACCUAAGAUCCAGCCAUUAUCCUUGGAGGAACUUCUGGCCAAGAAGAAGGCUGAGGAAGAAGCUGAGGCUAAGCCCAAAUUCCUUUCCAAAGCAGAGCGAGAGGCGGAGGCUCUGAAGCGGCGGCAGCAGGAGGUGGAAGAGCGCCAGAGGAUGCUUGAAGAGGAGAGGAAGAAACGCAAGCAGUUUCAGGACUUGGGCCGGAAGAUGUUGGAGGACCCUCAGGAACGGGAGCGCCGGGAACGCAGAGAGAGGAUGGAGCGGGAGACCAACGGCAAUGAGGAUGAGGAAGGGCGACAGAAGAUUCGGGAAGAGAAGGAUAAGAGCAAGGAGCUGCAUGCUAUUAAGGAACGGUACCUGGGAGGCAUCAAGAAGCGGCGCCGAACGAGGCAUCUCAACGACCGCAAGUUUGUCUUUGAGUGGGAUGCAUCUGAGGACACUUCCAUUGACUACAACCCUCUGUACAAAGAACGGCACCAGGUGCAGUUGCUGGGGCGAGGCUUCAUUGCAGGCAUCGACUUGAAGCAGCAGAAGCGAGAACAGUCACGUUUCUAUGGAGACCUGAUGGAGAAGAGGCGAACACUGGAAGAAAAGGAGCAGGAGGAGGCGAGACUACGCAAGCUUCGCAAGAAGGAAGCCAAACAGCGCUGGGAUGACCGCCACUGGUCCCAGAAGAAGUUGGACGAGAUGACGGACAGGGACUGGCGGAUCUUCCGUGAGGACUACAGCAUCACCACGAAGGGUGGCAAGAUCCCCAACCCCAUCCGCUCCUGGAAAGACUCUUCUCUGCCGCCACACAUCCUGGAGGUCAUCGAUAAGUGUGGCUACAAGGAACCAACUCCUAUCCAGCGUCAGGCAAUUCCCAUUGGGCUGCAGAACCGUGACAUUAUUGGCGUGGCCGAGACUGGCAGUGGCAAGACGGCGGCCUUCCUCAUCCCGCUGCUGGUCUGGAUCACCACGCUUCCCAAAAUUGACAGGAUCGAAGAGUCAGACCAGGGCCCUUACGCCAUCAUCCUGGCUCCCACCCGUGAGCUGGCUCAGCAGAUUGAGGAAGAGACGAUCAAGUUCGGGAAGCCGCUAGGCAUCCGCACUGUGGCCGUCAUUGGUGGCAUCUCCAGAGAAGACCAGGGCUUCCGGCUACGCAUGGGCUGUGAGAUUGUGAUUGCUACCCCGGGACGUCUGAUUGACGUGCUGGAGAACCGCUACCUCGUGCUGAGCCGCUGCACCUACGUGGUGCUGGAUGAGGCCGACAGGAUGAUUGACAUGGGCUUUGAGCCGGACGUCCAGAAGAUCCUGGAGCACAUGCCUGUCAGCAACCAGAAGCCCGACACGGACGAGGCCGAGGACCCUGAGAAGAUGCUGGCCAACUUUGAGUCAGGAAAGCACAAGUACCGCCAAACAGUCAUGUUCACGGCAACCAUGCCCCCGGCAGUGGAGCGUCUGGCCCGGAGCUACCUGCGGCGACCUGCUGUGGUGUACAUCGGCUCUGCAGGCAAGCCCCACGAACGUGUUGAACAGAAGGUCUUCCUCAUGUCCGAGUCAGAAAAGAGGAAAAAGCUGUUGGCCAUCCUGGAGCAAGGCUUUGAUCCACCCAUCAUCAUCUUUGUCAACCAGAAGAAGGGUUGCGAUGUGUUGGCCAAAUCCCUGGAGAAGAUGGGGUACAAUGCGUGUACACUACACGGGGGGAAAGGCCAGGAGCAGCGCGAGUUUGCACUGUCCAACCUCAAGGCCGGGGCCAAAGAUAUCUUGGUGGCUACUGAUGUGGCUGGCCGUGGUAUCGACAUCCAAGAUGUGUCUAUGGUUGUCAACUAUGACAUGGCCAAAAACAUUGAAGAUUACAUCCACCGCAUUGGCCGCACUGGCCGAGCCGGCAAGAGCGGUGUGGCCAUCACCUUCCUCACCAAAGAGGACUCUGCUGUUUUCUACGAGCUGAAGCAGGCCAUCCUAGAGAGCCCGGUGUCCUCCUGUCCACCCGAGCUGGCCAACCACCCGGAUGCCCAGCACAAGCCAGGCACCAUCCUGACCAAGAAGCGCCGGGAAGAGACCAUCUUUGCCUGACACAGCCCACUUCCUACGGGGUCAGAGCAGGAACUGAAGCUACCGGAUGCCUGCUCGUCAGCACCCCCAACGUCCCUCAUUCAAGGUUCUCGGACUUGGGUUAUGGCGGCUUAGGAGACCAUAGACUGCCUGCUCUAGACCUCCGCUCUGGGGAAGCGACCACCAGUCCUGGCCCAUUCCCGGGCACAGGGGUAGACUCUGCGAUUGUAGUGGGUUAUCAGCUCUCGGCAGAUCGUGGGGGCAGCUGCUGAGCACUGCCCAUCCCUGCCCCCCUCCUGGAUGAAAGCCUGGCUGCCUUGGCCCAGGUGUGACCGUGAGUGGAGGGCACAGCAGCAUCAUAGUCCCAGGUGAGCCAGGAGAUCUGGCCUGGUGCCGCCCGUGGACCUCAG